AACGCACUCCCAACUCGAGUGAUCUAAGCAAUCAGCGAAGCAACAAUAAUGGGGGAGCGUUCUGUUCGAGCUGAAGUUCCGCCCACUAGUAACGCCAUGAGACUUGCUGACUGCCAGGUCGGAAGGAGCUUCCUGUUGCUGCUUUUACCCUCCCACUUAAGCCCCGACAAUCUUCAUUGCUUGUACAGCAGGUUUCUUGCAAGACGGAAUGGUUGCCGUCGGUACACAUUGGCAACCGAGGAACCAAUAGCUUAUGCGUAUCGUGGAGAUUUUCAAAUGUUCGACAGCUACGCUUAGAAAACCCGAUGAGAGUUGCCAAUUGGAGCCUAGAGAUAGACGACAAUUGCAGAUGCAAAGUGGAACUUUAAACCUGGCUCGGCUUGGUCAAGUGGUAGUUCGUUCCAAAUGGGGGAGGUCACCACUUUUGCUGCUGGUUUUGUGAAGGACAGCGUACUUAAAGGAGAGCUUAUGCUGCUGUCAGGUAACUGUUGGUUAUCGAAUCUACUUCAAUCUAACGUUCUGAUAACGUGGAUCAGAUUCUGAACAGGAUGAACUAUCAAGGCCAUUGCCAGCAGCUUUUUCGGACUUUCCCAUUAAGUCCUGUGGGUUGUCUGCCAGAAGCAUCAUGUCAAGGACAACAGUUAUAAGCAUCUGCCCCAGGAUUUUAGUAUUUGAAAGUUUGCUCUCCAAAACUGAAUGCGAGCACCUGAUUAAGCUAGCAGCACCUCAUAUGCGAAGGUCACUUGUGAGCGGAAGAGCAGUCAGUGAGGUAAGCUUUCCUUAUUCUCACAUGGCUAAUACUUGCUGCUGACUUGGCUUGUUUAUUGCAGAAUCGAACUAGCUGGAGUAUGUUUUGCACGAACGGCCUGGACUUAGACCCUGUGGUUCAGUGUGUUGAGCGAAGGUGCAUCUUCUUUAUGAAGCUUUUGGGCUUACGUGUUGUCCCAGACAAGGAAAAGCUCCAGGUGAGUUGUUGGAGCUUCAUAUAAUUAUUUCGAUUUUGAAACUACACAUCGUCAGCUGCUGCUUCUCCUACAGAUUAUACGAUACAAAGCUGGUGAAGAGUUCAAAGCACAUUUUGACAAUGGUAUGUUCCUCGUCGUUCUUUUUGUCAACGCCUGUUGUUGAUAAUUUCUUUGUCAGACGUGGGAAGUUGCAGCAAACGUGCAGCCACAGUGCUCAUGUAAGUUCAACUUUCUCUCGUCUCUUCUUCCUAGAAACAUGAGCUUACACAGCGACUACCAGGUACCUAUCGGAUGUGGAGAAUGGCGGAGAAACGUACUUUCCAAAAGGGUUUCCUGUGCACCAAGGCAGCGGAUAUGAUGGUAUUAGCUCUAGUGGUCCAGGCAUAUCUAUUGCUCCAAAGAAGGGAAGGGCUAUGGUUUUUUUCAGCCGCCGACCUGAUGGAUCUGAAGACCCUUGCAGUCUUCAUGGUGAGUCUGCAUUUCAAGAUUCCUGGUGCAUAAUGCAAUUUGUUGUGUGUUUGUUUAACUGCAUGGUUUACUGAUUCAGCUGGAGCAAAGGUCCGUCGUGGAGUAAAAUGGGUGGCCUCAAAAUGGAUAUCGAUUCUUUAAUUGAUGGCGUUCAUAUGUAUGAUUGGGUUUGCUCCACUCAUUGGCAAGCAAGGCGUUUGGGGAGAACAUAUUUACAAUUUGUACAACUUAUUUAUUGCUGCUGGAUUCCUAGCAAGCACGGCACAUGGAUGUACACAUGAGUGUCAAACAUGUGUAUCUCUUAUACUUUGCAUAGAUUGUAUAGGGUCAUCUCUUAAAGGGUACAACA